ACAUGAUCCCAUCUCAUAUAUGCUUCUAGCUACCUACUCCUUCAUUCUCCACUGCACAAUUCUCUUAUCCUAGUUAUCUAAUAGUAUCACACUUGCUUCAACACACCCAAAAAUGGCAGCUUCAGCAUCAUCCAUGAUAUCAACUCCAGCCUUAUCUCCCACCAUCCAAAAGCACCAAAACCAUCAUUUGAAACCAUCCAAUGUGUGCUUUCAGGGUCUUAGACCCCUCACAAGGUCCACAAUCUCAACCAAAGUGAGGACUUUCACUCCCAACAAAAGGGUUGCUCGUGGUGUUGUGAGAGCUGAACUCAACUCAGCUCUUGUGAUAAGCCUCAGCACUGGGCUAUCCCUCUUUUUGGGAAGGUUUGUGUUCUUCAACUUCCAAAGAGAAAAUGUUGCAAAGCAAGUUCCUGAGCAGAAUGGACUAACACACUUUGAGGCUGGUGACACACGUGCCAAGGAGUAUGUUAGCCUCCUCAAAUCCAAUGACCCUGUUGGCUUCAACAUUGUUGAUGUCUUGGCUUGGGGUUCCAUUGGCCAUGUUGUUGCUUACUAUAUUUUAGCCACCACUAGCAAUGGCUAUGACCCCAAAUUCUUUGGUUAAUUAUGUUCCACCACUAUGUUCCUUGAUUUCUCUUUAUCUUUCUUUUGUAGUCUGUAAUGUCAUGUAUAGUUUCCUUGUAAGAUCCAGCCACUUCAGCUUAUGCUAAUUUGGUUUGAAUAUAUAGCAGCUGCUAUGGUUAAUGCAAAACUGGGCUUCUCUAUCUAUAUGUUCAAUUCUGUUAAUUUUGUUUUGCUGUUUCUUUUUUCUUUUGUUAUGAAAUAAAUUUUGUAAUUUCUGAGUAAAAUCAUUGGUUUCAGAAAUUAGCCAACAAGGUUACGUGA